UCGUUGAGGAUGUCUUCUUCUGCAGCACCUUCAGAUUCUGUCAUCGAUGUUAAUGAACAUACUCCUCUUCUCGACCCAGGACAGCAAGGCCAGCAGAAGCCCACUCCCUUGCCAAAGCUUCAGAUCUCAAUUUUAUUGCUGGCACUGCUGAUCGAGCCAAUUGCGUCUCAAUCUAUCUAUCCCUACAUCAAUCAGGUUGGUAUCAGUGAGUUGGACAUCACUGGCGGCGAUGAGCGGAAAGUCGGAUAUUAUGCGGGGCUUAUCGAGUCUCUCUUUUUUGCCACUCAAGCGCUGACCAUCUUCCAAUGGAGCCGUACGUCAGAUCGUAUUGGACGUAAACCUGUUAUCUUGACAGGACUCUUCGGAAUCUCCCUAUCGAUGCUUUGUUUUGGGUUAUCCAAGACAUUGCUGGGGCUGAUUCUCAGUCGUUGCAUUACUGGUGCUUUGAAUGGCAACAUUGGAGUCAUAAAGAGCAUGUUAGGUGAACUCACUGACUCCACCAACAUGGCGCAAGGCUUCGCCCUGAUGCCUAUUGCGUGGUCCUUGGGUGCUACCAUUGGUCCUAUGAUCGGUGGAACUCUAGAACACCCUCAACAUCAUUUUCCUAGUCUAUUCUCUGGCGCAUUCUGGUCGCAGUUCCCGUACUUUCUGCCUAGCGCCGUCGCUGCAACUUUUGCGGCCACAAGUUCCCUGAUGAUUCUUUUCUUCUUAAAAGAAACUCUUCCCAGACAACAGACGCGAGAGAAAUCUGUGUCUCCUCUUAAUUGCGAAGCCCCUGAUAUUAUCAAGAAUGCCGUCGAGGACUCACCCGUGUCUAUCCGUUCGCUCUUCGUGCCAUCCGUACUGAUCCCUAUCGCCAACUAUGGCUGCAUCUCCAUUCUAGAAAUUGUCAUCAAUGCACUUCAGCCCCUCUUUUAUUCCACGCCGAUCGAACUAGGUGGCCUCGGAUUUGAUCCCGUUACAAUUGGCUUUUGGAUGGGGGCUUUCGGCAUUGUCAACGGUGUCCUUCAGACAAUGAUUUUUGCCCCGCUGGUAAACAAAUUCGGUCCCAAGACCGUUUUUCAGGCUUGCGAAGCGUGUUUUAUUCCUAUCUUCGCUCUCUUCCCCAUCACCAACAUCGUUGCACGCCAAUAUGGAGUCAACUGGCUUGUCUGGGUUCUCCUUACAUGUUCGCUGAUCCUGGGUGUUUUCAUGGAUAUGUCGUUCGGUUGUAUAGGCUGUAACCUGAUGUUUAUUACCGCAGCAGCUCCAAACAAGCGAUCGUUGGGAGCCACCAAUGGUCUUGCGCAGAUGACAGGAUCUAUCGUUCGAGCCGUUGGCCCUGCCAUGUCCACCUCGAUGUUUGCAUAUUCUGUUCAGCAUAAUCUCAUGGGCGGGUAUGCCGUCCAUGCCGUCCUGGUGACUAUGAGUGUGUUUGCUGUGAUAUUUUCUUCCAAACUCCCGGAAAGCGCUGAAAAGAAGGCAUGAUAUUCGGCACCGUAUAGCGCUUGAUUCAUAUCACGCCAUGAUUUCAAGGUUUGCUUCGGUCUCCUGACCACAAAAUCGAGUAUUAGAUAACGAA